ACAUAAAAACGAGAGAAAGGAACAUUAAAUUCCCACAAUGAAGCAAAUUCGAUGCGUAAUCUGCUAAAUUUUCCCUCAGAUCCAAUUCUCCUCAAUAUACUUCGCGAUUUCAAUUUUUGAUAUGCAUUGUAGAAGAUGGAGAUUUUAGUAAACGAAUUCUUCAGCAUCCGUUAUUGAAACUUUAUCCGGGAUCAUCGACGGGUGGUGGGGUGUUGCACAAAAUUCAGUCGGUUCGCUCCACCAGAAUCAAGUAGAAAUAAAAUGAUAAGUUGGUUGAAGAAAUUAGGGAUCGCAUUCGGUGCCUCCUUUUUAUGGCUGGUUUGCUUCAUUUACUUCACCCAGGGCUUCAGAUCAUUUGUUUGGACUGCGGUGUCUUACCUACUAAAAGACAAGCUAAAGCUAUCGCCUUCUGCAUCGCAGUUCGUGACCACGAUAGCAUUUUUUCCUUGGAGUAUCAAACCCGUAUAUGGAAUUUUGUCAGAUUGCAUACCCAUUGGCGGAAGAAAAAGGAUUCCUUACUUAAUAAUUGCCACAUUGCUAUCUCUUUUCCCAUGGCUUGUUUUGGGCAUACAUACAUCUGCAAGGACCUCCAGAUUGCAGCUCAUGAUUCUUUUGACAGUACAGAAUUUGGGCUCUGCAAUGGCCGAUGUUGUGAUUGAUGCCAUGAUAGCUGAGGCUGUAAGAUUUGAAAGGGCUAGUUUUGCUGGUGAUCUUCAGUCCAUAUCCUGGAUGGCAAUGGCUUUUGGAGGGAUAUGUGGCAGUUUAUUUGGGGGCUACACCCUUGACAACUUACAGAUAAAUAAAAUAUUUUUACUUUUUUCAGUUUUACCAGCCAUACAGCUCCUUUCAUGUAGUUUAGUUGAGGAGAGUUCAGUAGAAGAUAAAUUACUUUCUGAGAACUCCAACUCAAAUGGAGCCUCACACUCAAUUAAUGGCAAUGAUUCCGAUGAAGAUAAUGCGAGAAACCAUAGAAAUAUUUCUACAAAGAAGUCCGGAAAAAGUACUCAUAGGCGAAGAAGGGGGCAGAAGAGCACAAAACAAGAGCCUGUAGCUGUAUCUGAGUCGUCUGACCACGGAUUCAUUAUGGGAAAAUGGUUCAAUUCUUUGAAAAGUGCCACAUUUUCAUUGCUUGGGGCUUUCAGACAGCCAAUCAUUUUGAGACCCAUGGCAUGGUUUUUCCUGGCACAUGUCACUGUUCCAAACCUGUCGACAAUAAUGUUCUAUUACCAGACUGAAGUUCUCAAAUUGGAAGCAUCAUUCUUGGGCACCACUCGUGUCAUAGGAUGGUUGGGGCUCAUGCUUGGGACCUUCAUUUAUAAUCGUUACUUGAAGAAAAUGAAAUUGCGUAGGAUUCUCCUGUGUGCUCAUAUUAGUUUGUCCAUAUUGAGUCUUCUGGACGCAAUUCUGGUGUCAAGAUCAAAUCUUUCACUAGGCAUAUCAGACAAGGUUAUGGUGAUCUUCGGAUCAGCUCUAUCAGAUGGCAUCAACCAAUUUAAGUUUAUGCCAUUCCUCAUCUUAUCCGGGCAACUCUGCCCACCUGGUAUUGAAGGAACAUUGUUUGCACUCUUUAUGUCCAUCAACAACUUGGGUUCGACUGUGAGCUCGUUUGUGGGUGCUGGGCUGGCCUCAGUUUUGAAUAUCUCUUCAGGAAGCUUUGACAACCUUUUCGUGGGCAUUAUGAUCCAAGUCGUAUGCACCUUUAUCCCGGUGGCUUUUCUAUUCUUGAUACCGAAAGAAGCUACAGGCAUAUCAGCUUAGCAGCUAGAGACAGAUCAAAGAACUGACUUGAUUAGGCGAGAUAGAAAUGAGCUUUGGUCGUUUGAUUUAUUUUUCAGAAGAGCAAUUUUGACAUUAGAAACAGUUGUGGAUUACAGGAUUCCAUAUAAGCUUUUAGCCUACUAAUGUUUUGGUCUUUGUAAAAGGAUUUGAGAGAAGGGAUUAGUUGCUUUGGACAGAGGUAGGAAUGUUCAUGUCAUAUUUUAGCGGAAUAUCUAUUACACAAUGCGCUGAAAGUAAAUGCAUUAGUAUUUCUUUAA